AGCAACACAACACUUCCUAUCAGCACACACUAACGGCCUCAGAAUGCUGUUCAUCACCGUCAUCUCUGUGGCCUGCCUGCUGGUUAGUCCAUGCCUGGCUGGCAUAAAAGAACUCAGCCCUCACUUCGCCGACCCUAAACCAGACCCCCAAGGCUUUGAACCAGAGGUGGAUGUUCAGGCCCUUCCCUUAGAGUUCCACAAAGAAAACACCGUCACUAACGACCUAGUUUUUGAAGGCUUUGAGGAUGAAGAUUACAUUGAUUUUGAUAAGAUCCUGGCUGCAGGCAGCGACGACUACACUGAAGGGGAUGAGAUAGAUGAAAUUGCCACACCAGCGCCAGACAUUGACAUCUUUGCUGAGCCCUCUGACCCAAAGAUCCGUCGUGCCAGACUCAUACGGUUGUUCCAGGGUCAGUCUCGCCUUCAACGCCUCAACAUCGUCAACGCUCAAUUCGGUUUUAAUCUCUAUCGUAGUCUUCGUAACCAUGUCAACCAGAGCGACAACAUCCUGCUAGCUCCUGCUGGGAUCUCCAUCGCUAUGGGGAUGAUGUCUUUAGGAGCAGGACCUAGAACCCAUGAUCAGAUCUUUAAAGCUCUGGGAUUCGCAGAAUUUCUCAAUGUUAGCUAUCACUAUGACAACACAACAGUGCACAAGCUCUUCAGGAAGCAGACACACAGGCUCUUCAGGAGGAACUUUGGUUACACGUUGCGAUCAGUAAACGAUGUCUACGUAAAGAAGGACAUCUCGGUGAAAGAAGCUUUCCGUGCAGAGACAAAAGCUUAUUAUUUCGCAGAGCCGCAGUCAGCGGACUUCAGGGAUCCUGCCUUUUUGGACAAGGCCAACAGUCGCAUCCAAAAGCUGACCAAAGGGCUGAUCAGGGAGCCACUCAAGAGCGUGGACCCAAAUAUGGUGCUAAUGCUGCUCAACUACCUGUACUUCAAAGGUACAUGGGAACAGAAAUUCCCCAAAGAAAUGACUCACUAUCGCAACUUCAGAGUAAACGAAAAAACAAAUGUGCGUGUGCCAAUGAUGACCAACAAGGGAAACUAUCUGGCUGCUGCCGACCACGAGCUAGACUGUGACAUCCUACAUCUCCCAUACACGGGAAACAUCAGCAUGCUCAUUGCCUUGCCUAGAAAGAUCGCUGGCAUGAGGACCUUGGAGCAGGAGAUCUCCCCCACCAUUGUCAAAAAGUGGCUUACAAACAUGACAAACAGGACUCGUGAGGUUGUGGUCCCUCGGUUUAAACUGGAGCAGAACUAUGACAUGAUUGAAAAUUUGAAGGAGAUGGGCCUCACUGACUUGUUCCAGGAGAGCGGAGAUUUCACUGGAAUGACCUCUGAAAAGGUUGCCAUGAACUGGUUGAAGCACCAAGGAACUAUCACUGUGAAUGAAGAGGGGACAGAAGCCGCUGCUCUGACCCAGGUGGGCUUCAUGCCCCUCUCGUCUCAAAUCCAUUUCACCGUGGAUCACCCUUUCCUCUUCCUGAUCUACGAGCACCGCACAGGCUGCCUUGUGUUCAUGGGCCGAGUGGUCAAUCCCUCAAAGAGCUAAAUUUGAACAAGAUGUCCUGCUAAAGAGCUCAACUCUUUAUUUACUCUUUAAGCCUUUAUUUAGUGAAAACUUUCAACUAAGUUUGAAUUAAACUCAAACAUUACGGCUUUAAUAGCUGAGGUGUUGUGUUUAAUAGUCAGUUACUUCUAUUAGUACAA